UAAAUCGCGGUUCGGAAAAGAUAUUUUGAAAUUUAGUUUUUAAAAAAUUAUAUAAAACUACUGGAUCAGGAGUCAGGACUGCUGUUAUUCUUUUUGAAAGUGUGGAAAGACACACAAAAGAUAUGCCAAUUACUAAAGAAGAUUUGAAUGUUAUCAGGAAAACAAAUCUCAAAAUGUAGGAAACAAAGGAAGAGGAACGCCCAAAGUAUUUCCUGUUUGAACAAUUAUAAAACUUCCCAAAUGUAUAGCAGAUGAUGAUGGCCGGAGAUAAUUACAUGUAUCCUCGUCUUUUUCAUUUGAUGGUUUGCGAUGGUAUUAUCUUCAUUCGUAUUUGUGUGUUAAUCAGAAGAAGACGAUAAACUGCCAGUUUUGUUUCCCAGAAAUGGAACGACGUUAUUGUGUCUCUAGGUACUUGUCCUUGGCUGGAAUUAUAAUAAUGUUUGUGAUUACUAUAAUUUGUUAUCAUCAGACAUCGAUCAUUCGGGAAAGAGUAAUAGUGCGCAUCCAACCUAAUGAUGUGUUACCCGAAACAAAGUCCCAGACGAAGAACAUUCUAUUGUGGAACGGUUACGAUCGAAUCGAAAUGAAAGUCUUUCUUAGAAGUUUGCCGAAUAAUAACUCGUGUCCGUACAGGAAUUGUCGAGUCACAACUGAUCGUCGAUCAAACUUACUGGGCAAAUUUGAUGCCAUCAUUUUCAAUAUGGCUGUGCUUCAUCAACUGGAAAAGUCUGACAAGCUGCCACCAGCCGACACACGGGAGAGUCAUCAAUAUUACAUCUUUUUCAGCCAAGAAUCACCUUUCUAUCACAAGGAAAACGUCCAAAAGGAUUACAUCGGAUAUUUCAACUGGACCAUGAGUUAUCUGCCGGAAUCAAACAUUCCUUAUCCGUACGGCCGGAUAGAACGGGCAGCGGUUGAUUUAAAAUCCAAAUCUUAUCCAAUAAGGAAAAAGACGAAACUGGUCGCCUGGUUUGUUUCGCAUUGCAACACAACGCAAAGUCGGCGAGAAAACUACGUCAGAGAAUUGCAGAAGCACAUCCCUAUCGACAUCUUUGGUCUUUGCGGUCCGUUGAAAUGCAAUUGGAACUCUGAUACGGGGAUUUCACAUCCGGAAUGUUACGACAUGCUGGAAAAGGAAUACAAGUUUUAUCUGUCGUUUGAGAAUUCGCUGUGCAGCCAUUACGUCACGGAGAAAUUCUACUCGAUAUUGAAGCUUGACGUGGUGCCAGUUGUCAUGGGUAGGGCCAAUUACAGUGCUAUUGCUCCGCCGUAUUCAUUUAUCGACGCCCUGAGGUAUUCACCCAAACAACUGGCCGAUUACUUGCUGUUGCUCGAUGGCAACCAAACACUUUACGAGAGUUACUUGCAAUGGAAAACCAGUUACAUUAUCCGCAGCGGAUAUGAAGAGAUGGGCGGCCAGGCCUUGUGUUCUCUUUGUGCACAACUCAAUCUCUCGGAUGACCGGAAGGAAAUGAUGCUCGCUGAUGUUUUGUCGACAUGGAACCCAACGACCCGUUGUCUCAAUCCGCGCUACGUGAAAGCUUUUCUCAGUAUUGACCGUAAUAAUAAUAGAUCUACGACAUCUUAGACUUGUUUCUACAUCUCUGACUUGUCUCGUGCCUAAUCAAAUGAGACCAUAAGUUCAUCUAACAAGAUUAGAGAGUUGCUUUAUUCCCUACAGCAUUAUAAGGAAUUGGAAAAUAAAAAGAGCUUUUUCUUCUCGAA